AUGCCGUUCUCAAACUUCAAGACGCCGGAGAAAUACAGAUACAACACCGGCUUCGGAUCAUAUCAGGAAUCCGAAGCAAUUGACGGCGCUCUGCCGAUUGCUCAAAACACGCCCCAGCGGCCGCCGUUUGGGUUAUACACCGAAAAGAUCUCUGGCAGCGCCUUUCAGGCUGGAAGGGGAGAGAACCAGCAGACAUGGCUGUAUCGGAUUCUCCCUGCUGCGGUGCAUCGGCCUUUUGAACCAUUGGCGUCUGAUGAGGACGGCGACUCCGAAGCCACUGACACGAACUUCAACGCUUACGACAACCUGAUUCGCAUUCCCACCCAGGUGCGAUGGGAUCCGUUCGACAUUGACGAGAAAGCAGACUGGAUUCACUCGAUGCGCCUGAUAUGUGGCGCCGGCGACGUAGCAUGCAAGUCGGGCGUGGGAUACUUCAUCUUCACAGCGGGCCAGUCCAUGGACCCCAAGACCGCGUUUUUCUCGACCGACGGCGAGCUCUUGAUAAUCUUGCAGGCCGGAGUGCUUGAUAUCAGGACCGAGCUGGGCCACCUGCUCGUCCGACCGCUGGAGAUCUGUGUCAUCCCGCGAGGCAUCCGAUACAAUGUGUCUCUCCCAGAGGGUCCAGUCAGGGGCUAUGCCCUCGAGCUGCACCAGGGCGUGUUUACACUGCCGAAUCUGGGGCCCCUCGGGUCCUUUGGGCUGGCCAAUACGCGAGACUUCCAGAUUCCUGUCGCGUCGUUCGACAACGACACAACCGGCAGCGAAUACACGGUCAUCUCGAAAUUCGGCGGGCGCCUGUUCGCCGCGAAGCAGGACCACUCGCCCUUCGACGUGGUCGCCUGGCACGGCCUGUACUACCCGUACAAGUACGACCUGGGCCGGUUUAUGACAGUGGGGAGCAUCUCGUACGACCACCCGGACCCGUCCAUCUUCACGCUCCUGGCCUCAUCCGACGGCGUGGCCGAGAUGGCCAUCUUCCCGCCGCGCUGGCUCGUCAUGGAGAACACGUUCCGCCCGCCCUGGUACCACCGCAACACCAUGUCCGAGUUCAUGGGCCUGAUCCAGGGCGAAUACGACGCCCGGACCGACGGCGGGUUCCGCCCCGGCGGCGCGAGCCUGCACAAUGUCAUGGUCGGGCAUGGACCCGACAGCGCGACUCACGGGCGGGCGUCGGAAAUGGAACUCGUGCCCCAGAAGGUCGGCGAGGGGAGCAUGGCUUUCGUGCUCGAGUCGAAUGUGUUGCUCGGGAUCAGCGAGUGGGCUUGGACAAAGUCGAGCAAGCGACAGCUGAACUAUAAUGCUCAGACGUGGAUGGGGCUGAAAAGCAACUUCAAGGUCCCGCCUGCCUCGAAGGUGAAGUCGCCCUUACUCGCCGCCGCAGGAGACUCUGAGAAGAAUGGAGAAGCAGGGCUGAGGGUCAAUGGCCAUUAA